AAAAAAAAAAAAUGGACGGUUAUCAAGGUGCUCCUAUUCGUCAACCUAUUGUAUCUAUGAGUUAUAUUUGUGCUGACUGUGGCGCAGAAAACCAACUUAAGCCUAGAGAACCUAUCCGUUGUCAAGAUUGUGGUCACAGAAUCAUGUACAAGAAACGUACCAAGAGAAUGGUUCAAUUCGAAGCUCGAUAAAUUAUGUCUUUCACAUUUUUCUUUUUAUAUAGUUUGUUGAUUCAAAGGAUUGACGUCUUAUUCUCACUUUCAUAUUGAACUCUAUACUGAUCUCAGCAUACAUCCCAUUUUAUUAUUAUUUGUCUUUCUUCAUAUUCUUCCCUCUUUAAACAUACUUGACAGUCCAAACUUUUUUUUUUUAUUAUUGAUUGUAAAUAUAUC